AUGUAUGGCCGCUUUUCUCUCUUCGUUUCUUCCUCCACCUUCUCGGGUUCUUCCAUUUAUGAGUCACAACCCCAACCACCACUCACAAAUAUCACAAGUGGGAGCAGCGAAGUAUGUAGAUACACAAGUAUUGUUCAAUACAAACUCCACAACAUACAGGCACCAACAUUCGGCGUGGCAAUUGCAUGGCUGGAGAUCGAUCACGAGGCUCAAAAAAGAAUCAACCGGAAGAUUGCUGACUCUAAGCGUGUGCCCGUCUGCUGGAGUCUUCUCGCUAUGGGAUUGGCCAUCUGGCUCGUCUUUCUUGAUGCGCCAGGGAAUAGAAACGCUUUGCACACAUUCAGAAGGUCAGUAGCCGUUCUGUCAGUACUCAGUUCAGCUGCAACCCGGAAUGCUAGUUCCGGAACCGGGAUUCUUCUGCAACUGAGUUAA